GGUGUCUUUUCAUCUCAUUUUCGCUUUCUUGAAGUCAUCAACAAAGGAUAAUUGUUUUUUGCUCGGUAGAAGUUGACAGGUAUGUUAUGCGAACCGAUAUCACUCCUUACAUCUCGUGGAUUUUAGUUUGCGAGCUUUCUAUUUUUAUUGAAUUCUUAAAUCCUAAUCGAUAGCUUAGCUUUGUUAACCAAACUUAAGUUAUUUGAAUCGUUUUAACUUAAGUCGUAAUGGAUGUAAAAGUUUAAGUAACUUCUUUGAUAGACUUCAUUAUCGGCACCAAACCACAGAAAGCCUGGACUUAUAACUGGUUUGUAGUAAAUUUUGAUGUUCAGUUUACUAUUUAUUCGUCCAGUAUUGAAUUAUUCACCGAGACAGUUAGUUAUUAAGUUAUUCGAGGCAUUAGGUUUUGGUUUCUCGGUGCAGGAAAUACACAGCAAUGAUACGUGAAAACCAUGUAAAGUUUUUGUAAUCUUUAAAAACCAUGAAAUUAUGACCCCGCCCCUCAUUAAUUACACAGGUUAUUGUAACACUGUUGAUAAAUUGUUUAAAAAACCAUUAACAUUCCCUCUUUGUUUUUGUACAAAGGUGACAAACUUAGUGGCUUCUCCUGACAUAAAACUAGAUGGGGGUCGUUGCAGGAUAAAUUGUUUUCCCAUUAAGUACAUUUUAACCGAGCAUCGUUUAUUUUCCAUAUCUAUAGUGUUAUCGGCAAGGUAAAGUGUUAUCAGAAUAAACCCUAUAACUGAUGAUUCUUUCUUAUUAUCUUUACCCAUCAGAAGGUGUGGGAAAUCAGGAUUCUUUUCAAUUAUUUUUCCCCAAAUAACCACUUACAUCAUGGGUCUUUUUUCAUGUAGAAAUAAUUUGCAGCAGUGGUCAUUUUAAUAAUGAAUGCUGGAGAUAGAGGUAUUCAAUAAUAAUUUUAUCAUCUAUGUUUGGAAUAUAUCAAGUUUUAAAACAUCUUUUUCCUACUGUGUGCCAUAUUUGUACUGAGGAAUCUCCUGUUUUCUGCCCUGACCUGGUUUAAAGGACAUGUUCCCUUUCCUUUCAAGAUUUAGAUUAUCAAUGCUCUAUGCAAUCUGUCACCAUGGAUAGGGCAUUGCAUCUGGGGAUUUUGAUUGGUACUAUGAAGUAUUAUUAAAUUUUAUUGUUACAAUUUUAUUUGAAUGUCAGAUUCUCAGACAGAGAUAGUUCUGUGACUUUGGGUAUAGGAAAACGCAAGCAGAAAGAUUUAACACUUUCUUUCAUAAUAUCAUGAGGACAUUUAGCACCUAAUAUUUUCACUUUCUCUUCCACAGAUAAAAACACUGAUUUUUGAAUAAUUUUACAUUUUCGACACUCAUGCCAGUAACCUUCAGGGAAACUUGCCCUGACAGCCUUACUUUCAUGUUCGCUGAAAUAUAAAACUGCUGUCUGAGUAAACCAAGCUGAGGGAUCUGGAAUAAGAGUUAUAAUUACUAUCAAUUUAGGAGACAAUUAUUUAACUGAGAGUAUGUUCUUCUUAUCAAGAUGGCAUUAGUCAGAAAGUCCAGAGUGAACUGCAUAAACUCAAGCAAGCUUUUAAGUGUUCAGCAGGUAAUUUUUUUUUCCAAUAGCCUCCAUUAAUGUUCAUUGUAUUUCUUAAUGUCAAUAUAAUCUUUUUCUUUCUUUUUAAUUUUUUUCCCAUUAAGGUGAAAAGUUAAAGGAGUGGUUUAAGUAGAAAUAUGAGCCAAAAAUGUGUUCAUGAUGUUUAUACAUGUAGGCCAAAAUGUUGCUUUAAGCCAAUAAUGCUACAAAUUCUGGCUUUAGUUUGUCUACGUGUAGAAGAUGUUCCAAAUUGUUUCAAGGUGCAAUUGUCCUCUAGAGGUGACAUGCUUCUGGUGCUCUGUUGAUUUCACAACUAAAUUUCUCACCCACACUGUAAUUUACAAUCAUUUGUGAUAACUUUUCUUUUCCAGUAUUGAUUUUUUUUUUACACUGCAUUUUUCAAGUAGUAGUCAGGUAAUGCUGAAACACAAUGAACACUCUGUAUAGCUUAUUUUUUUCACUAGGAAUGGGAAUAUAAUUGGCAAACAUACAUGUGAAAAGGCAUGAGAUUGAAGUCAAAUUACAGGCAUGAGAGUUAGGAAGCAAGACAUGACAUUUAUUACAAUCAAAAACGUUAAUUUCCUGCUCCGGAAGCAUAAUAAAAGUUGAAAAUUUCCAAACUUGGAGCUAAAAGUUAAAACUUAAGUCAAGUCAGCAUGUCAGCAUGUCAAGCAAGCUCUAAAAAUGAAUAACUAUCCAGAAUGGAUGCUAACAAUACCACAUCCAAAAUCUACAACAGAAGAUACCGAAGAGCCUCAAAACAAGAAGAAAAUCUAUGUAUCAACGCCUUACAUCAAAGGUAUCUCGGAACGCCUGCAAAGAGCGUUCAAGUCACACGAUGUUACACUUAUUCAUAAACCCGUCAAUUCUUUAAGAUCACAAUUGGUGCGUGUCAAGGACACAACUGUCAAUCUCAAGAAAUGCGGUACUGUGUACCAGAUCCAUUGUGAGAAGUGUAACAAGGAGUACGUUAUUAAAGGGCCAGCGCUCUGGAAAUCAGAGUGAAAGAACACCAAUCAAGAAGUUCAUCAGCUGUUCACGAGCAUUGUCGCCUAGAGGGCCACUCGGUGGACCCAAAUAAGAUAAAAGUACUAUCAACCGAAGUUAACACCUUCAAACGCAGGAUAAAAGAAGCUAUUCAAAUUAAACUUACGAAACCGGCGUUAAACAGAGACAAUGGUUAUGAAUUAGCAGCUAUCUAUGACACAAUUCUAACCCCCAAGAGGCGUUAAAAAAAACCUUUUUUAAAAUUCAUCUUUUUAACAUUCAUAUCAUUGACUGAUGAAGUCCGGUCGAAAUACGGAUGAAAUAUUUCAUAAGUUUUAACUUUUAGCUCCGAGUUUGGAAAUUUUUAACUUUUAUGACAUUUAUUGUUAUGUACGACAUAAUAUACAAGUGUACACUGAUGGAGAAUCAACCCCUCUUUUUUGGUGGUUUUAUUGCAUUGGGACCAAGAUCAUAUGGAUCAGUUAACGAUUAAAAAAACCAGUGAACUUACUGAUCUGCAUAUUAAGCAUUUACCAGUUGUACUUUGAUGCAAUGAUGUAUGGUUAACAAAGCAGAAAUUAAAGGGACCUUUAUAUACUCUUACUCUACCAAUGCAGACUCUCAGAACUGGGUGAAAAGUGAGAUAGUGUGUCGCUGCACUGACGAAGAGUUUCAGCAACUUCUCAAGGGCCUGUCAUAUAUUGUGAGUACUUUGACCAACUGAUUGGCAAGUAAAUUCUCCUUUCAAUAUUGAUAAUUCUCCAGUAAACAAAGUAAUCAGAGAAAAUGUUAAACUUAUCAAUUACAUAGGGUUAUCUUAUUAGUUUUGUAAAUUCUUUCUCUUCUCAUCUUUUGCCAAUCAAUUAAGCAUUUUAAGUAGCUUAAGAACUGUAGUUAACAUGAAACCAUUUGCAUUCACAACAAACAUCAUUGAUCAUUCAUUUAUGUAAAAUGAAAUUUGUUAAAAUAUUUAUAUAUUACUGUUAUUGAAGUUUAUUAUUGUGCAAAGGUAAGUACAUUUUAAGCUUAUAAAUGUAAAACACUGCAGAAGCUCGCCCGUUAAUUAUGCUUUGUCUUAAAUUUUUACUGUACAGGAGUUAGAGGCUGCUGCUUUAAUACUUCAGCGACACAUUGACCUAGAAAAACAAGUAUGGAAAUGUUUAGAAAAUCUGAAAUCAGUUCAAAGGUAUUCUUGUGUUCAUAAUCUUCCAUGCUCUUUCAGAGUGCCUUUCAAUUGACUAUUUCACUAAAUAAGACCUAAAAGUAUAUAUUAAUAUUUUGCUAUUAAGGUCUUGGGUCUAAUUAUUAUGAAUUUUUGUUGCAGUGAAUGGAAUGGAAAAACCAUUGACUGCACUCAAAAGAUUAUUGCAAGUCAAAGGAAGGUUGCAAGACUAAGGAGUAGAUUGCUUCGCUGUCUCACUCAGGUAAGUACAUGUAAUAUGUAUAUUUUCUUCCAGUGGGAACUCAUUUACUCUUAAUUUCCCAAAAUGUGAUUGAACAUUCCCAUCUAGCUUCUGCAUUUUCUUGCAAUUUAGAUGCUACAUUGUAAAGUCAUGCUUAAGCUUUAAAGUAUGUUUGUUUUCACCCCCUAUUUAUGGGUAAUGUAUCAAUCAAUAUGGAUAGGGAAAAAUCAUGUUGGCUUUAAUAUCAAUAGUCAUCCACUGUCAGAGAUGAGAGUAAUUUCAAUUGGUACUUAACCCUUUCCAUCCUAACAUCAGUUUGCAUGUUCUCCAUAUUGUUCCCCUUAAAUUUCUUAAGGUGUUGAGAAGGUGAAUUUGUUUAACAAUCAAAAGCUUCAGUCUCUAGUUGCUGAUCAUUUUCUUCAAUCUCCUGAUCUUAAUGUGUGAUUCAGGGGCAAUAGUGGGAGAAGAAAUUAAAUACUAAUCACUCUUAGAAAUUACUGUGUUUCAUUGUGAAGUAUUUGUAGGUUGUACAAUUUCAAAUGUCUGUUUGGGCUUUUUGGGACACAGAAAAGUGCUUUAUGGGCAUUCUACUGUCACUUUAACCCAUUUAUUUGUAUUGAAGCAAUUAGUCAUGAAUAAGUUAAGUUAUAUAAUAGAAAACACAACCAAUUUUAUAAGGCAGCUGAAAAUAUACAAUAAUAAAUACCUUAAUGGCAUGAAAGCUAAGAUCAAAUGUUUUUGAGAUACUGCCUUUGACUUGAGAUAGAUAAUACUUAUCAUUUCUGUAGGGGAAAGGUUCAUUAAUUGACAGUGUAGGCUAGUGGACAAACAAGGCUGAGAUACUCAAGGACACGCAAGUGACAGGUUGCUCUUUUUUGGAUUUCAAUAACUGAAGAGAAACAGUAAACGUUUAUAGAGGUCCCAGCCGGGAUCCCACCCAAAAUAGGGGGGGAUCCCAGUUGGGAGAAACUGGGAUCCCAUGUGGGAUUGGCGGAAUCCGGCCUCACCAGUGUUUUUACCUGGAAAUUUAGCCAAAGUAAAUGUAAGGUGUUUAGAUGCCAGCUUUGCCUGCUUUAUUUGAGGAUAACUUAUUUAUUAUACCUGAUUUUCACACAAUACUUGUCUCCUCAGCAACUUCACAAGAAUGGUUCAUUAUCUUGUGAGCUUCCUCCUUGGUCUGGAGAUGUGUUCCAUGCGUUGGGCAGAGAUGAGGAUGAUAAUGAUGAUCAAGUGAGGCAGGAGGAAGGCUUGCAGGACAAUGACUCAAUGUAUUCAAAUGUCCAAGAUGAACAAAAUAUAGCGUCUAAUUCUGCUUACGAAAAUCUUGAAAUACAGUCAGAACAGAGCACUCAACCUGAACACGCAGGUAAAAAUUCAACUGCAGAAAAGAAUGAUGGAAAAAAUAAUUACUACGAGCCUGUUGCUCUAAAACCACAGCCUUCAAGACCAGCUCCCUCACGCCCACUACCGUACGCUGUGACAAGGAAAUCGAGCGGUAAAUCUGAAAGCGAAGUUGACCACAAAUCGUUGGAAAAGGUACAGUACUGCCAUGUUUAACUCGUUAGAGAAGGAAACUGUUUUUUAUAAAUCUAUUAAGAGCCAAAACGAGAUUCGUUUGUCUUUAUUUGAGUUAUUUCUCUCCUUACUGAUAAUGCACUGUGUAUGCGGUAUGCAUUUUUUCCCUUGAGAAACAAACACAAAUGGAAACUACAUGACUAACAGGCCUUCUGACAAAGGACAGUAAUUUUUUUACCUGAUUUCUACUUUAACCCAGAGUAAGUGAAUACCGUUUGAAGAGUAUUCACAUAUUACAAAAAUGUGUAAGCCUCAAGCCCAUGUGUUUCCUAAUGUUAUGUUUUUUAUUAUUUUUACUUGUGAUGUUUAUUUUGUGUAUUAGGAUGAUAAACCUGUGGAGUUGUCCUCACCCAGUGACAACAGUCAGGGAGAUGAUCAAGAUGGCUUGAUUGCGGAGCAACAAUUCCUACAGGACUGGGAUCCUGUGAGUAUUGAUUACGGCAUGUACUAUAAUUAGAGCAGUUUUCAAUUGACUGUCAAAAGUAAUCCAGGAUUGCUUUAGUUUUACUUUAUUUUUCUCUGUGAUUGGUUCAGAAACCUCGCGCCAUCCUCUCAAUCAAUCAGAUACAAAACUAAAAACAACAGCGACAUAGUCAUUCGCGUUUUCCCGCGCUUCAAGCAGUUUACAUGUUUUCACUUUGAGUUCUCAUUGGCUACUGAUGAUGUAAAGCUUCGGUCUGAUUGGUCGCUGGGACAUUUUCCUUAGCUCUGAUUGGUCGUUGAGAUUUUCUUAUGGCGCCUAAAUACUUGGCUUUGGUUUUUCGACACUCCCUUGAACACUGCCCUCUUAAAAGACGUGUGAAUCACUGAGAAGCAUGUUCUCAUGUAUAUCCCGAUUAACGUAUUUUAUGAUCAUGAGCUGACUGUGAAUGGGAAGACGUAUCUCAAUGUUUGUACGUUGGACGGCUGCUAUUUACAAUUACUAUACUACAACUAUACUUUAACAAUUUUGAAAGUUUCUCUAAUUGAUUAACACGAAUUAACAAAACUGUUACCUUACCAUUUGUAAACUAAAGCUAUUUUACUACAUUGUAGCUAAGAUUUAAAUCCGAUAGCUGUUCAUAUGGGAAACUUGGGUGCUACUGUUAAGAUAAAGAAGUCGAAGUCCUUCACUGUUCGCCCACGUAACCUGGCCAACGUGUUCAUAUGGGGGCUUCUGAGUUGGUCACUGGCAUCUCGUUUGCUUGGCUAACUUACCUUGUUGUCUGAAUAUUUUUUUGUUCCUUUUUUUCUCUUGUUUUCCUCCUUUUUUCCAAUUGACUAGGCUCGUAUGAUUGACCGUCAAAGAACAGUCAGCUCAAAGUCUGAUGCCCGCCCAGUUAUCUCAAACUGUUCGAAAUUCGAGCUAUUACAGGAGUCUUCAGUUCUAGUUUACGUGGUUGCUACUGUAUGGGCAUGUUUUGCCACAAAGAGCAUGAAGCAACUAGUAUUCUGAGGGAGUUAGAGAGGUCUUAUAUGUCUCUUAAUCUUUGCUGUAAGCUCUUACAAGUGCCUCACAACACAUGUACCAACUCUAUCUCUAAAUUGCUGAAAGUUUGGCCCGUUUUGUUGAGGUACUGAUCUAGUGGGUGUAAUCACCAAGAAAGCCUCGUAGCUGAUUAUCAAUGUAGGCAACAGAAGCCUUGUGCCAUCAGGUUUUAAAAAUCUGGCCCAGUAGGUUUAUAUGGAAAUAACUCUUUCAUUAUGUUUCUUUAUCUUUCCAAGACCCCAGUCCUUCAGGAGUUGUUCGGUAACGUGCGCGCACUACCAACCCCUCAGUUGGUAAGGAUGUUGUCUUAUUGAGUGCUUUUGUGCAUGUACAGUAGGAUUUGCUUAAUGAGUAUAGUUUCAGGAACAUUGAAGAACAAAUAAUUUCCUUUGUUUACUCAAAAGCGAACUUCAGAGGGCGGUCCUGAUAACAUCCGCAUGGCUGGAUACAUGGAGAAGCAGCCUGUCAGAGGGAACCUGAAACGAGUAAAGUAUACUUCAUAAAUGCUUGCGAAUAAUGGAGUUCCGUCAAAAUGCUUUGCGUAUCUUGGAAGAUUUCGUGUUUUUUUCGUGAUCAUCAUUUCAAUCUGUUGUAAUCUUCUCAAUCGUUAGCCAUCCCUCUGCUUUAUUUCUUUGAAACUUCCUCUUUUGUGUGUUUCUUUACCGCUCUAGUCUUUUGUAAUGACCUCGUCCUAAAAAGACUUGCGUCCUUAAAGUAGCUGACAGGCAGAUAUUGCGAAAGGAAAGUUUGCUUUUCCACGAUACGGGCGCACAGUAUGGUGUUUGUUACUCGUUGUCCAUUUUAAUACUAAUAUAAAAGCCAAUCCAAGCGUCUUUUGGAUUUUUUUCGUUGAUAGUCGAAGGGUCUCCUCACUUAUACGAUAGAUAGAGUUUAAACUUUUUCUGGGAUGUUAAAACAUCCCAGAACAGUUAUUUGAAUCACUGAGUGUGCUAUUCGAGUGUUUCCCCAGCGUUCUCGCUCGUAUGCUUUAUUGCAUCGUGUACAUCUUUUUUGUGAUGUAUUAAAGUUUUGUUGUAUGCAACAGGCUUCUGUAUUUAAAGGAUGGAAGAAACGUCACUUCAAAGCUGUUGGAGGCAAACUUUAUUACUACGAGGUAGGAAAACAUUCGUGAUCGUCGUAAUGUUCAAGGGUAUAGUUGGUUUUGCGUCACCUCGCUCUCUGAUUGUCUUGGAAGCUUGCGCUAUCUCCCAACCAAUCAGGCUUAAACUAAAUACGUAUCGUGACUCGGUCAGUCACAGUUCAUCCCGCUGCUAGAGUAGUUUACUUGGUUUUAGUUAGAGUUUUCACUCAGGUUCCGUGAGACAUUUUGCUUAGCUCUGGUUGGCUGUUGAGAUCUUUUACGACACUUAAUUGUUCAAAUUUACGCCAUACCAGGAUCAUCGAGCAAGAGAACCAUUAGGAUUUGUGAACCUCAUCGGUUGUACAGUAAGUGGACAUUGCUGAUUUCUAAACACUGUCUUACGGAUACACCUAAUUGUAAUAAAGAUAAGAAGCAUUUAGGAAUGUAUUUGGGCCAAUAAUUUACAUCCUUAAUGUCUAUUUGUUUUUUAACCAUGAUAUCGACGUCAAAAUUUCCGAGUCAGCCAUGUCUCAGAGCUGAUAAAGGCAUUGCGUGACACGUUGACACAAUUAGCGUUGUCUGUACUCUUACUGACAAUGGCAAACUGGCCAAUCAGAUUGCGACAUUACUGCUAAUCGUGGUAAAAUAAUACAUUGAUUCGUAUCAACUCCGCGGUACAUUCGAAUACAAGGCCCCGAACACGAUAGAUGCGUGUGUGGUUGGGGUAAAGUAACAAACCAGGUUUCAGUCAUUUUGUUAUUAUCAUUAUCAUUAAUAUUAUUUUUAUUGGUGUUUGGUAUUAAAACUAUUCAUAGCUAUAUUAGAAAUUUAAAAUAUGUUAAAAAUCUGAAACCUAACGCUCAAAAAUCAUUCAAAAGCUGACCGUGGACUAUUAUUGCAUAACUUAACUUGUGUCUAUAGCCUGCUCCAGAGGUUCAGUUUCAAGGGGGGGAGGGGUCACACUUUGUCAAACAGAAGGUACUCACCAGAUUGGCAUGUCGACCUCCACAUGUUAUUUUACUUAUAAAAGAAGAUUGGAACAGAACACUACCGAUGAAACACUAUUAUUUCUGUUGCUGCUGUUAUUGUUAAAUUCGAUUUUUUUAAAGAUUUAAUGUUGCUAUAUGUAUAUGGCUGCUGUUUCAGGUGAUGAAGAUGGACGAAAAGUUUCUGGAAGUGACUGAACAAGUUAGUGUGUUUCUUUUUUGGUUAAAAUUGUGUAACAUAACGAAAAUACCAAGCUUUUUCACCGCAUUAGCUUACACCAGUCUUUUCAUUAUAUUUUCAUCAGUCGUUCAAUUGGUUUUAGUUACUUUAUUUAGUGCUUUGUAACUUUCAAAAGUACCUAGAAGAUGAAGUAUUAUUUUGAUAAAGUAAAGAGGAUAUCAAUUUAGGAAAAAUAAGCUAAGCACCUACAAGGAUAACGUAGAUAAGUUCUUGGAGAAGUAAAUCGAUGCCUCUGAGUUCCCCGUUGCGACCCUCAAAAUAAAAUUUUAGCGUAUGGAAUCCAAACCGGCCCUUUCACUCUUUACGGUGGCUAAUUUAUGUUUUCGACUCAGUUGUUAACACUAAAUUACCCUGUUAUACUCUCCCACCGACGCAACACCUCAGUUUCUUUAGAAACUUACUCCCUUUAUUCAAAUCUCAGUACGUUCUCUGACUGUCGAUUUUGGUUUGAGAUUAUUUGUUUUGAUCAACCGAGUUAAUAAUGUAAGUUGGCCACCGUUAAGAGUUUCUAAAGCUUAUGUUUCGGGCGGUAGCCCUUCGUCAGAACGAAAGACUCGCAAUGUUAGCCCUUGGAACUCUUUGCAGUGGUCAAAUUACAUCAUCAACUCAGUUGAUGAACCAAAUUAUCUUGUAUUACUCCCCACUGACUCAACCCCACAGUUUCUUUAGAACUAACCUCCUUUAUCGAUUCUCCUUUGACCUGAAUUGUAGUCAAGGGUAGCUUUUACCUAUGUUUUCUUACCAGACGCAAGGUGGCCGUUCAGUGAAGCUGAAGUGUUCAUCUGCAAAAGAGGCGGAGGACUGGAAAGAAGCCUUGGAAGCAGAAUCUGCAGCACCCUUGGAAGGCAGUCUUGGUUUGGAGGAAUCGUCAGCCACUGAGGUUAGUUUACUUUUAACUCAUCUGGAUGUGUGAGGCAUGAUAACCGAAAGAAUCUACAGAAUUUGUGCAAAAAAUUGAUUUUUAAACGUGUAUCAUAAAUCCCUCACGCAACGUCAAACCGCGUGUGACUUGCGAUCCAAGCCCAUAGACCCCCAAGGACACAAGUACCCAAACCUUAAAUACAAAGAUUGUGUUCUCUGAUAAAUAUAACAUAACAUCAUAUUCCUACAAUGUAGUUAAUACCAAUGAGGAUGAAUUGUGACGUUUCGAUUGACUACAAGCCUUUUUUGGGCGAUGAGGUCGACUCAACGUUUCUUUCACAAGAUUAUUACAUUAGAGUGGCUGAAUACUGUUUUCCCAUGCUGCAACCUGUUGUAUUCUGAGCGCUCAAAAACCAACUUUUCCCCAUUGCAGUCGAAACAUUUUCUCACAUGCGCUUACUACAGGUUUCAAGUUUGAAAUAGAGGCCGUGGCUUUGCAAUCGCCAAUAAUAUGCUAAGAAAAAUCCCAGAAAAUCGCUUUUGUCGACGGUCUCAGAAAGUCGCCGUUGUAUUUUUUCGCAGCUUCCUUAUUUUGUCUCUUGGGGUAAUACCUCGCUGAAAAAUAAUUUCAGUCGACUGAAUCUAGCUGUUUAAGAAUUUCGAUGCUGCUUCAGGGUAGCUCGCCCGAUCUAUGUGAUCGCGCCGAUUGUUUGCAACUACCGAAACGAUCGGAGGCGAUCCAAGCGAUUAGGAGCGAUGAGGAGGUUCUUAAAUGAUCACCGAUCGUUAAGUAUGAACAAUGCGCGCAGUCAAGGCCUUGAAAGCCAUCAAAGACUGAACGUCCGUACGAGGUUUUCAUAUGUAUUCUUUGCCGCGGGGGUUUAACUCUCCUUCCAAAUGAUGAACCCAAUAUACUUUUUUUUAUAGUCCAUCGAAAAUUUGUUGUAUAUACUCGUAUAUUCUUGGCCUUCUUUCAUGAAUAAGGAAUGGUUAAAUUCUUCACUUUUGCAAGCCAAGAGGGCUUAUUGGUAUGCACAGAGAAGAAAGAUUAUCGGUUGUUCAACCGGAAACCGCCAAAAACUGUGCAAUUAAAGUGCUAACGUAGACUAGCCUUUAACAGCCUGAAACAUUUUUUAUUUAUGGAAAAAUGGUUUUGUGGAUAUUUUGAGAUGUAUAAAUGUUGUUUGGAAUACAGGAAGGUUGUGCAAUAAUCGUGAGGUACUUACCCUCUACUAAAUGCUCAGAGAUAUUUUUUGUUGUCCAGAGCUCUUUUCUUUGCAAACCAUGUAAAUGUUUUUCAUUAUGAAUAUCGUGGCUGUUGAUCGUAUAAUGCCGAUAACAUAAUCUGUUAGUUAAUGAAAUUUUUCAUAAAUUUGCAUUUUUUUUAAUGUAGUUUUUUUACUCCAUUAUUGUUCUCAGCAAAUUUUUCUGUGUUCACCAAUUUAUUCAGUAAUGAAGACAACUGUUUACUUUUUUUUUUUUACAUAAAAUGCUAACUUCUGCGAGCUGUUUUGUGUCAAUAUCUCAUAAAUGUUCAAAUAAAUUCGUUUGGCCGCAGUUUUUCAUCAUUUUAUUGUUAUUAUUGUUAUUGUCUGUAUUUCUUUACACCCCCCUCCAAAUUUUUUUUGUCAUGCUCAUUGUUUUGGCGUGGAACUUAAAGAUACUGUGCUUCAGUAAAAGAAGUCACAAGGAAAUUUAGAAUUAUUCCUUUUCACUUGUCAUCUUUGCAGCAAAGUGAAGUAGUUGAGUAAGAAUUGAAUAGGGGAUUUUACGGGUCCGUGGAGGCUGGUGUCAACCAGCCUUCUAUUGAGGAGGGAGUGAAAUUCAUGUCCCCGCUCUUAUAAGAUUUGGUCUGUAAUCCUUUGAGUGACUUGUCAACUAGGGGAAGGAUCACGUACAAUAUUGGGCGUAUCAUAUUGGAUGAAGUCUUUUUUGCCCUAGCUAUAGCAAAUCUUUACAGCAUAAAUCUGUAUUUAUUUUUCUGUGGCGAUGCUUACGACUAAGAAGGCGGAAAUGAAAUCGAAAACAGCCGCCAUUGUCUAUGAACUCUCAGAGUUUGAGAGAUCCCAUGAAUAAUUAUGUUGGAAUGGAAGAAGGCUAAGUUAGCUCCACAGUUGGUGUUGGUAAUAUUUGUUCCUCGUUACUAGACACGAGCUUCACGGUAUGUUUCCUUUACAGGGUCUGACCAUAAUCAUUGACUUAGGAUCAAAUGCUGUUAAGGCUGGCUUUGCUCAGGAAGGUGGUAAGUGCUGUUAGUGUUUUAAGUGUUCAUUAGUUGUAUGACAAACCUAUGCCUUUGAUUGAAUGCGUUUAGUACAGGAGAACAUGACGAUCUGUAACUUAAAGCACAGGCCGGCAGGAUGACGUCUGAAAGCUAUUUGUGAAAUCUCUACAGUCUGCCUAUUGGGUGUGGAAACCGACAGGCCCCCAAUGGCGGACACACUUCCAAAGCACAAUGAAUCCGUUAAAAUCAGUAUUCGGUCAUUUAGCACGUUUUAGCACACUAAAUGAAAAUUAGGAAUAUAAGUCAUUUAUUUAUUUUUUAGAGGGCACGGUAACGAAUCCUGCCAUCUGAUUGGUUCUUUACGCGGUCCGUAUUUUCCUCUCUCUGCCCACGGGAAACGCUUUUGUGAGUCGCCGAGUACAUCCCAACCUUCGUUGCCAUUUUUCCUAAAUAUAUCUCGUUUUUCCAGCUGGGCAGUAUUUUUAAGCAAGUACGAUAAAUAACUUUGGAUCAUUGGACCGUUGGAUCAUUGACUGUUUUUGAAGAAAACAUUGUCGUGACAGCCCCUGCCAACCUAGUUUCGUUGUUUUUCAAGAGUGUACAUGCGCUUUUUUUUUUCUUACGCACUCUCUAAUUGACAGGUGUCAGAAUGUGAUAGAUAGUUGUAAAAAUAAAGUUUGUUUGGAAGCCUUUUAAAUCACCUUUAUCAUUACGCAAAUGAAAAUGUUUUGGUGAAGCAUCUCUCUUUAAUUUGCAUCACCUCUAUUUUAACUACCAUUCACUCGCUCAAAAAUUGUUGAGUGUAAGGAAGAUCUUGCCGUAUUUACAGCCCUAAAUCAUUCGGGUUCUUUGGGAAAGAAUUUCUUUAAGUUAAAAAAAAAUAUAUGUAUAUAUGUUAUUUACCGGUUAAGGAUCGGUACGUAUGUCGGUGACAGUUUUUCACCACACGGACCGAUCUUAACCGAUAAAUAACAUAUAUUUAUAACGAGAGAUUUUGACAAAAAAAAAAAGAUUCAGAUUUACAAGGCUGUAAAUAAGGGUACGUUUCGCGGAAAUGACCAAUCACUAUACUCGAGUUAUCCUAUACGAGAGAUCCUCGAAUUUCUCACUGAGGUUCGAUUGGAUCAGAAAUGUGGCAAUUGUUUUGUAGUCCCUUUCAACAAACGAAAAAAAUUUGAAAUCAAAGCAAAACAAAACAAAAUAAUAAUAAUAAUAGUUGCGUCUCCCACCAUAAGUUAGUAUCGAAUCUGUUGUUAAAUGACCUGGUUUUAUAGUAAAUUUUCAUCUUUCUGUUUUUUCUCCCUCGUCUUCCACUGAACCUUUUUUGUAGCCAUGAUUCUUCCGGUGGUCCACCAACUUUCAUUUUGUCUACAUGUUUUUCAGUCCUCAAAAAAGAUUGUAUUUCUUUGAUAUAGCAUGGCCUCAAGUGAUAUUUCCCUGUGUUGUAGCUGUGGACAAAGAGAAUUCGUAAGUAUUGAUAACACAAAUUUGUUGAUAACACAAAUUAAAGUAUGAAAUUUAACAGUUUGUCGCAAGCAUCAUAGAGGGAUGAACUGGGUGUCGAUCAAAAGACGAAUCCUCAAUAUUUUGACGUUACUCAGGUGUACUCGUGAGUGACAGGAAGGGCUGUGAAAUUAAAGUGUCUUACCAUUUAAAUUCAGCAUAGUGACCCCGGUAAGGUUCGAACAGGGACCAUUGGAUUUUUAGUCAAGCUCCAACCGUUUGUUCACGAAUCUCUUAAGAGAUCAUUUAAUCUUUCCAAUUUUUUUCCUAAACAAAAGAAAGAGGGGAUGUUUUGAAAAUUCCCUGACUCAGUUGCAUUCUCUAUGUUGUGUAGAGAAAACUGUAAGUAUGGAUACGAUGCGCUCCUACCUGAGACAAGGAAGACGUCAAGGUUACACUUCCCCUUGAGAAAGUCAUUGAAAAUUGACAAGGUAAAUAAUCGUGACUUCUAUAAAUCAUUCGUGUUUUACUGUUUUUAUGCGCUCGUUUGACUUAGCUUCCAUAGACAUGACUUGGGAUAGAUGUUGAAAGAGUGUGUUAUCUAUGAAAACGAAUGGAAAUUUUUCUUUCCACAAUCAAGCCAUGUUCUUUUGAGGGUAAAGAGGUAAUCUUUCCAAAAAUAGAUCUGUUUUUCGAGAAGUUCAAGCAUACAUUCCACAUAAUGUAAACAUUAACUAUACGACGUUUUACAACAAACCAAGUAUUCGUUAGUCUCCUUGUUAACGUUUCUGCGUUUUUGUGUUUACAGCUCAGGAUUGAGAUACAGGAUUUAAUUGGAAUAUUUGAGCACGUGUUUGAUAAACUCAGAGUUGAGCCAUCUAAACACAAGGUAAGCCCCGUGCAUCGUUAUCUUUAUCACUGAUUAGUAAUUAUUACUGUGGUUUUUUCCUGAAGCCUUCAAAAAGUUCAGUAAUCUGUGGAGGCAACGCCUGCCUUCUUGUCUGUUUGUUUAUCUCUAUCUUCCAGUCUGUUGUACGUGUUUCAUAUACGUGUGUCACUAGUUCUGUUCGUCUGUUCCCCCACCUUUCCAGCAGAUGGCUAUCCUGUUUUAAAGCAAAGGUCUCAAUUUCCUUUAAGUUAAUGAAAACCUCCAAAUAAAAGAUUAUCAGAGAAGAAAAACUUCCCAGAGUCAUUGAAGUAGGCAAACGGGUGAAUGAAAAAACAGAAACAAGAAAUCAUAAAAGGAAAUGAAGAUACAUUUCAAAGAUUAAAGGAUUACAAAGAUUUGCGCGAUUUUGCCGGCGACUAACUCGAAAAAUGAGGUUUAUUUUCAUAUCGACAUGACGAGGUAAAUCUACGUUGACGGUUUUUUCGUGGCAUGAAAAGUACGGGUACACUUCCUGAGCACCAUGAUCUUUAGUUGGCUUCAGCUCUUUGAAACAAUUCUUUUUCAUAACUACAGGUGAUUAUGACAUUACCACAUGGCUGCGGUCCUCAAGAAAAAGUGCGUUACUGAUUUUUUUUAUUGUUGUUGUCGUUGUUGUUGAUAAACAGCCUAACUUGUAAACAAGCCCGUUUCCUAAUUCACACUUGAAAGAAAACAGUUGGUGAUAAACAGCCAAACUUAAAAACAAGCCCGUUUCCUAAUUCACACUUGAAAGAAAACAGUUGGUGGUAUCGAUGCAAUCUGUAAUUGUCAAUUCUCAGGCUUAGACCGGGUCCAAAUAGUUAUAAUUCCAAAGAGGUGCAAAUCGUAUGUGAAAAGAACGGUGGUGAACGAAUAGCAACCGUAUGAAUUGUUCAUGUGGGCGAAAUUCGUAACUAAAUAUGGGAAUGAUCUAAAUAUAGCCUAGGAGCUGCGUAGGGGAUUCAGUCUCUUACCUUGAUACUCUCUUGGGAUUUUCGUUCCACUCAAUUGACUUGAUUUGUUGACAGGAAGAGCUAGUAGAACUGCUGCUGGAUAUCUUUAAAGUUGAAGCAUGUUAUCUCCAGGAACAGGCUGUUUUAUCGAUGUACUCUUACAGCGCUAUUUCAGGAAUCGUUGGUGAGUUCCAAUUUAGAAUUGAAAUGGUGAGGAUAUAGGGAAGAAGAAAAUAUUAAAAGAUGCCAAAUCACCAUCUUGGCCUCCCUUUUCUAUUUAUUUUUUUAAAGCAUAAUUUAUUCUACAUGUAGCGCGUUGUAGUGGUUAGAUUUAAAAAUACUUAAACCCUUCACUGAAACCACCGUGGAACCAAAAUGAAAUAUAUUUUUAUCUGUUUUAUGUUUUUUUUCUUUUUUUGUUUUCAGUGGAUAUCGGUGAUCAUAUCGACAUCAUUCCAGUGGUGGAAGGUAACACUGUAACGUAACCCACUUAGCAUUUUGCGUUUGAUAUGUUAGACGCUAACUCAACACUGGGUCUAGUGCAUGACAUGAAUUAAAAUGAAAUAAAUAAAAUACGGUCAACUGCCCGCUAUAACGGACACUCUCGUUUGCUGACAUUUCUUUUGACAGACCCUGACUUUUCUAUCAGUUUCCCGUUUUGCCUCAAACUCUCGGCUGUAUUUACGCAUUUCCGUUAGCGGACACUCUCUCGUAAGUGGCGUCAGACAAUUUUGAAAUGCGACUUAGCAAUUCGAGAAUAUCCAUCAAUUCUUCGUUCUCGAAUGGUUCGUCAUCUUCUGCAGCGCUGAAGUUUUCAACAGGAUACUUCCCGGCUGUCUUAACCUACUGUUUUAUUUCAUUCAUACAUUCAUUGAUUCCUUUUGUGACAAUUUAUUUGCUCACUCAUUUUUUUAGUCAUUUGAAAAUUUAUCUGCUACUUUAUUAUGCUUCAAAGACUGCUAUUGUGCUCAAUUUAAACUUACAAACCUGUUACAGGAUGUAUGAUCGAAGCUGGUGUCACCAGACUUCCUUAUGGCGGCAGACAAAUUACCGACAGUUUUACAAGGUUGUUGACAGAGAAAGGCAUUCGGUAAGAUGAAUAAGUCUCUCUUGAGACCAUGCACAAGUACACCGUACAGAGUAUCAAUAAGAGGUCAUGUUAAAUAAAAAAUUGAAACGUGCGAGAAGAAUUGAUCAGAAAUAGCAGAUUUUUUUGCACGUGAGUAACUGGUAAUGUAUUUUUUUCGCCUCAAACAGCACACAUAUUUGAUCCAAACAAUCUCGAAAGAUUUCAACAAGGAAUCGUAUUUACAGUAAUCGGACUUACUUUCGAAACAGAGGCUCUAUAGUUGUCAUGUCGCCUAUCUUUCGAUUAAAAUAGCAUCGCAAUGGAAAAAAUGUUAGCACUCUCAAUAUAACUGUGUUUUUUUGCGAAAUAUUGAAAGAGAAACAUAAAAAGGAAGACAAUUUUUUUCUAUUACUUUCUCCAAAAGAUCAGGCAUCGUCCAUCAAAACCGCAGUUCGUGACACCCAUAUUACUUUUUUCUGCAGUUCGAACUGACCUCAAAUCUUUUCUUUUUUUAUCUCAACCGAAGGCUUUUCUCAGAAGUCGAGUCUUACAUUUCGCGAGCAAUCAAAGAAAAGGUACGAUUACUGCUAUAAGGCUGUUAGCUAUUAAGACUGGAGUGUUUUUGUUUCGGUUGUCAACAAGGAAGGCUUAAGGGGGCUGAUUUACCUUACUCUGAGUCUGUGAAAGCUAACUAGAUAAGCUUCGGCAGCCAUCCAUGGUAGUCCGACUCAUGUCCAGAGAAAACGUUACCGGGGAAAAAGAAACUUUUGAAAGUACUCAGUAUUUUAUUGAGUCCAGAAAGGCUCUGGUUUCUUAUGGGUACAUUCAUGAAUUUUGAUUUUUUAAUAUUUGCCCAGAGGCAAACAACGAACUUUAUUCUUUGUACGAAAUGUUAUGGUGUAAUUGGAUUGGUUUAUGUCGUAAAACGUGUUUUGUUGAACUUUGGUCAAAAUGUACAUGUAAAUAUGUGAAGGACACGGUUUUCAUGGAAGUAAAGGCAGCUGCGUUAGGUCGUGGUAAUGGAAAUGGUCAUUAAAAUUGCUUGUUAAUCAAGAUAGACUGAUUUUUUGCAACCAUAUUUUUAUAAGGAUGUUCUUCAAUUUCUCUCCAGGUAUCCCUUGUGGCAAAACGAGAUGUUCAAGAGGAUACAGAAGCGGACUAUACAAUGGAGGUGGAUCUGGAAAAGUACUCCAUACCAGAUGGCACAAGGUGUGUUACAACCAGGGAUUCUCUUUCCUUGAAGUUAAUAGGUCUCGGUUUCUUCUUCAGCCGGAGAAUUCAGCCAAGGUUGUUAUUUUCAGUCCGUAAUGAUCCUCGCCGACUCGAUCGUUCGACGAAACAUUAUAGGCAUUUGAUCGACUUUCACCCAGCAUGCAUAAAGUCACGCAAAUUCUUUAUUUGCCUCUUAUUUCUUUGGCAUUUUUAUGUUAUGAGUUGCUUUUCGAUGUAGUUUCUUCGUAGAAGCAUAUCAUAUCUUUUUCCGUGCAAGUUAAGAUAAUCUGUUACUUUUAUUUCCAUAGGAAAAUUACUGUGGACUCGGCUAGAUACCGCUGUACCGAAGGACUGUUUAAACCGUCCGUUUGGGGCAAAGACAAUCCGGGUAUUCACCAGCUGACUGUUAACGCCAUCAUGGCCUGUAGUAUCGACAUACGGAAACAGAUGUGUCGAAAUAUUUACCUGAGUGGUGGAGGGUCCAUGUCUCCAGGUUAGAUCAAAAUUACUACCACCAUUACUAGAUAGUACUGUGUUGGUUUCACUCAUGUAGUUUUCUUUAGCUCUAUUUUGUUCCUCUGCCUUGUUUUUUUCUCUUUGUUUGUUUCCUUUUGUUUCCUUUUGUUUCAUUUUUUUAUCUUCUUUUUCUCCUGUUCUUAAUUUCUUUCAUUUCCAUUUUUGGUCUUUAUUUUGAGUUGAUUGCCUUUUGUUUUCUGUUUGCUCAAUUCGUUUGUUUUUAUGUUGAUUUGUUUGGGGUUCUGUUUCGUUCUGAUUUGUCAACUGAUCGAUGAUCGAAUUUCGUGUAGUAUAUUUCUCUAUUAGAAAGUUAUCACGUAACUGUAAGGACCUAACCUUGUUAAUUUAUUGUUACAAGGAAUGUAUCGUGUUACGUUUUGAUUUACGGUUUGCAAAAUAAGAUGAAGGAGAAGAACGUAUAUGGGCUAUUAGACGUUUCGAAUUUUUUUGUGAAAUAUUCUCACAUGAAAAAUACUAGAGACUUGUGUGCUUCGUUCCCAGGUCUGGCCGAACGACUUCAGGAGGAAGUUUCUGAGCUGAUGCCUUCAACUUCCCAUGUUCAGGUAUGUAAAUCAUGAACACUGUACCUUCCGCUUUUAAUCCGUGUGUAGCGUUACAAGAUAAAGUACAAAAAGAGGGAACUUUUGCAAUAACGAUCUCAUUACAAUCACGAUCACUAUCACAAUCGCUUUAAAGAACUGUUUUGCAAACCAAAACAGCUAGACGAAGGUAAAACUUUCUCUAAAAUGUCAAAGCACGUGCAGUCUCCCAGAGAUUGUCGCGUGACACGCAACGUAACGUAAAAUCGGAAAUGAAACUAAAACGGAAAUUUAACGGUAGCCACAAACACUGUCUGUAAAAGAAAGUGAAUUAAUGACUUCUUUUGGUCGUGUAUGUGCUUGAAACCUUUGGGUUUAAGGGUAAAAUUUACACCUUUCUAAAGUCUUAUGAUUAAGUUUGUUUUCGUAAUUCCGCCAGUCUUGCAUUCUUGAUCUUACUAUGAGGACGACAGGAAACAUUCUCAUACACUACCUGGCCUUUGGGUGGUGAUAGCCUAAUAUUCAGUUCCUACUACUGAAGAGGGGGUCAUUGGGGUCUAUUAGAAACCACAAAACCGCUAAAUUUUCACAUCCCAGUUGACAAAACCGUAAUCGAUCCGGUACAGUGGUGACAAGUGAAGCAUACAGAGGUAUAUUCGAGAUCAGUGGUGGCGCAUAAUUGCCGCUCACAUCAAGUAGAAACCGGAACCGAAAUAGGGAAAACCGGAAACCACAUCAGGUACCAAAUCCAAACCCAUUAGUAUUUUCGACGAAAACCGAAAAGCAAAUUCUAAAAAGCGGAAAAUACUCAAACUGCAGCGAACACCAAAACCGAAAAACCGAAGUUUUUUGGCACAACGACCGAAAAUUCAAACUAAACAAUGGCCAAAACCGUAAGACCGAAAAUCCUAAUGCCCCCCCCCCCUCACUGAAGACUACAUUCGAAAAGUUUCGAGGCUUUGAAUUUUAAGUGAUGUAGCACCUCUAAAGAACAUGAAUUUGACCCUUCUUUACUAGGUUUAUGUAUAUUAGUAAAAAAGUUUGGAUAGAAAGCGCGCUACCAUUGGUUGAAAGAGCGUGCUCUAUUAGAGUAUAGAACAUAGAACAAGAGAGCUAAAGUUAUCACGCCAUCUGCCAAAUUGGACGAUGUCCGACCCUUUCCCGGACUUCUCUCUCUUUUUUUCGUUGAUUGAAAGUGAAAUUUCGGAACAAGCGAGCCGGCAAGUAGCAACAGAAGAACCAAACAAAGGUUUCUAAACAUGCCAGGCGCCGUACAUAACGUGAGCAGAGACGGAAAUCCUAAAAGAGAAAACGAAAUGGAGAGUCCGAGUUUUGAAGGUUUUCCAUCGCGGCCAGCUCAUCUUGGCGAUCUCCGGUCAUCGCAGUGAAGCAAGCCUUAGAGAUUAUAUUAGCCACCCUUCGAGUCAAGAACUAAAAACUUGCUCUUAUAUCCUUCCCGAGGCGUUGAGUGGAAGGCCACAUCAGUCCCGUAGCCGAGUUUUACGGCGCUGUCAUCCCGAGCAAUCUUAUGUUCCUGUGAAUUCGGCUGUCGUGCAUUCAUACAACAUACGCCUCGAGCAGUUUGUUUUCUAAUUGUCAUGUGAAAAAAAGACCCUGCUUUUAUGAGCCACAAUUUGGCCACAUUUCACUGAAAAUUUCACUGUCGGAUUCAAUAUGAAGGUUCAGGCAAGUGUCAAAUUCGACCUGCAGAACUAUUUCAGUUUGUGAACCUCGAUAGUUUGUCAUUUUUGACAGCUUUAGUCUUAUUCAACCGAUCAGAUUAUUUCCACCAUUCUAACAAGGAUUCUGAUUGGCUUAUCGUAAUGAGUUUUAUGAGAGUAUAGAACAUGGUGACGACACGUAAAAUUAAAAUUUACUUUGGAAAUAGUAUAAGUAAAGCAUUGGGAAUUUAACGGAUUCUUUGUUGUAAAACAAACAGCCUUAACUGUGCUCUGUUCUGUCGUAAAGCAUUUAGGAUGUGUUUCCCUUACUUCUUCAGUGCUCCCAACUACGUCUCGUGAGUUUUUUUAACGCUUUAUUUUCCGAAUUUUUUGCAUUAGAACGUCUUUUAUUGUUGAUUAUAUUUUCUUAUGUAAAGAUUCUGAUCAUUUCUCUAUUCACCACUUUAUAUAAACUUCAUUCAAGUCCUUGCUGUUUUCCUUAUUUGUUACUUGUCCCUUGGCUCACGUUCCUUGUUACUCCCCAACCCAGGUUCACGCAGGACUUGAGCGUCAGCAUGCUGCUUUCAUAGGGGCCUCAGUGGUCGCCAAGCUUCCUCUGUUUGAAGAAUUGUGCGUCUUUAAAGAAGAUUGGGACGAAAAUGGACCAGAAGCUUUAGAAAAAUGGCUGACAUUGUAGCGUAAUUCAUUAUUAUGGUCAACAAAUUUUGAAUUAAAAAAUAAAGCAGAGGAACUUGUAAACAGUCACACACGCGUAAAUACGUCGACUCAAGCAAUCAAAUAAUUAUUCAUAAUUUUUCUUUCUCGUCAUUUAACCUGCUCCGUAAGUCGUGCUCUUCUACAAACAUCAAAUACAAUGUAAAACAGGGAGCCUGGUUGUUAUUUGAAUUUACGUUUUCUUGUGACAUUAUUUAAAGGCCCCUCUCUUUGGCAAGCCGUCGUCAAUUUUUUGUGACCACCCAAAUCCAUUUGUGAGGGCGCUUCAGAGUGGAAAGAUCUAUUUGUGAGGGCGCUCCAGACUGGAAGAUCUAUUUAUGUGGGAGCUCCAGCAGAGUGGAAAGAUUUAUUUGUGAGGGUGAUUCAGAGUGAAAAGAUCUAUUCUCUGCCUAGGGGGUUUCCUCUCAUAACUUUCCAAAUGUUGAACACAAUACAC